AUGGCGACCGGACCGACACCCUCAGAACCAACUCUGGUGGCGGUGCACGAGAAGAAAGCAGAUGUCGAGUCACAGAAUGCCGACCUCGCCAAACCCGAUUCCGGGAUGCCGAUCUCCGACUCGCCUUCUCCAGAUGAUGACUUGGGAUUGAGCGACAAUUCCAACUUCUUCUUUUACAGCUUUGGCCUCUUCGCCUGCGGUGGUCCUCUCGUGGUCCAGGACAAGUGGAUUACCCUCGCACGCUCCCAGCCCGCCUUUUCAGUCUAUCAGAUCCUCCCUGGGCUUGAAGCUGCCGGGUUGACAGGCGGGAUUGUUGCUGGCGUAGCAUUCGCUCUGCCGGGGUUCAACAAGUACUCCAAUGCUUCGUUUCGCGCUUUGCAGCCCAUCGUGACGGCAAUGAUUCGGCGAGCAACUCGCAAGAUAGCCGAGCACUCGGUGAAGAAGCAUGACACGAAAAAAACGGACCCGUUUCUGGCAAUUGCGGCCAUUUGUACGGCCAUCAACACGGCACUUCGCAUAGUCUUUGUAGCUUCAUCUCUCUCGGCCUCCAUCUCUCUCGGCCUCUACGGCGUGAUAUACACCUUUGUUGCCCGGCGUCUUUGGAUCCCCGCGGCUGCGCUCUUCGUGCUGCAAUACGUCGGAUACGCAUUCCAUGUCGUCUUCCGCGGCGUGCCCUCGCCUGUGGCACUGGCCCUUGGCAUGGCCAAAACGCCCUCCCUGGUCAACCUCUUCGUGUUGGGAUCGGUUGCCGGCACGCUUUCCGUCGGCGGCGCCUACACGGCUAUCCCGUUCGUGCAGACCGAGGCCGUCCUACUGGGGGCAUGGCUCCCGCAUGGCGUCUUCAUCUAUGGAAUCGCCAUUGGGAACAUCCUCCCGGCACCGCUUGUCAUCUUCGCGACAUUUGUCGGGGCUGUUGUCAUUACCCUGGGCAUGUUCUUCCCAUGUUUCUUGUUUACAAUUGCCGGGCACGAGUUGUUGGAAAAACUGGUUCGAAACAAGUUUACCCAUAAGUACACCGCACUCUUGUUGGUUAUCAUGGGUGCGGUUGUGGGCCAGUUUCCUUCUAUAGACUAG